AGGGACAAUGGCGGAAUACGCGGGAAAAAGUGUGAAGGAGGAGCGGUGGAGGUUGGCGCCAGUUGUUGGUGAACAGUGAGGUGGUGUUACGCUCUAACUGCCCCCUCACACACUCGCUCCCUCACUUCUGCGUCAUACUACAUCAGCAUAGUGUCAUACACCGCCGUUAAGAUGUCUGAGACGCCGCAGAAGGCAGUUAGUGCCAGCCCCAAGAGCUCGCCCUCCAAGAAGGAAAUUGAUGCAGCCACUGCUGCCCUAAACCAUUUUGCUCAAGGAAAGAGGCAUUUGGUUGUUGGAGAUAUUCACUCUGCAGUAAACUCCUUACAGGAGGCAUGUAGAUUCCUUGCAGAGGAAUAUGGAGAGACUGCUCCAGAAUGUGGCGAUGCCUACUUCCACUAUGGUAAAGCCUUGUUGGAAUUGGCUCGUAUGGAGAGUGGAGUAUUAGGAAAUGCCUUGGAUGGAGUACCUGAAGGUGAAGACCUGGAAAAUUCCCAGGUAGAGAGUGCAGAAAAAGCAACAGAGGAAGAGUGGGAGAUGGUUGCUGAGAAAGUAAGUGAAGCUUUGGAAGAGAACUACGAAAGUUUGGAGGCAAAGGCGAAGACUGAAAAAGGGAAAAUUAAUGGUGAAAUGAAAAAGGAAGUUGGGGCUGAAAGUUUGAAUGGAGCACUUUCAUUGAAUAAGGAUUGUUCAAAUAUGAAUGAAGGUAUUGUCAAAGGAAAUGAUCUGACUCGGGGAUCAGAAAUGAAAGAUAUUCAGGAUAGCAGUGCUGAGAAAGCUAACUUGGAGAAAGAGGAAAGUGAAAAAGAGAAGUUAGAGAAUGAGGGUAAUGCAGUUAAUAAAAUUCUUCCUGAAAAUGAAAAGUAUGUAAAUGGAAACUCCAAAGAGGCAGCCAUUAAAGUUGAGAAUGAUGCAUCAAAUAGCGACAUACAGGAAACCAGUGAGAAUAAAGAAGGAAGCACAGAAGAUGAAGAGGAAGAGGAUGGGGAUGAGGAUGGAGAAAGAGAUGGAGACUCUCAAGAAGGUGAAUCUCAAGAUGAAGAGGGAAGCAAAGAUGAAAGUAAAAGCCAGGAUGAAGGUGAAGGUGAGAAGACUGAGGAAGAUGAAGAGGAAGUGUCUAACUUGCAACUGGCAUGGGAAAUGCUGGAGCUAGCCAAAGUUAUAUUCAAAAAACAAGAAGACUCGAAUCCUGAAAUGAUAAAGAAAGUAGCACAAGUGUACUUAAAGCUUGGAGAAGUUGGCUUAGAGAGUGAAAACUAUGCUCAGGGUAUUGAAGACUUCAAACAGUGCUUAGAGAUACAAGAAAAACACCUUGAAGAGGACGACAGAUGUUUGGCAGAAACUCAUUAUCAUCUUGGUGUUGCCCAUUCUUUUUCUGAUGAUUUUGACAAAGCUGUAGAAAGCUUCCAGGCAGCAGUCAAAGUGAUCGAUUUGAGGAUCUGCAACCUUAAUAAAAGGAUAAAAGAAAAGGAAGACUGGACAGAAGAACAAAAGAAAAAAGAUGCUGCUGAAAGACCAGACCCAUUUUACACAGAGCAAGGAGAAAUUGACGAACUAAAUAAACUUUUGCCAGAAAUAAAGGAAAAAAUAAUAGACAUGGAGGAAAUGAAGAAAGACACUAAGGAGAAGUUGCAGAAGGCAGCCAAGUCUACUGAUGGUGUGGGAGCUUUAAUGGCUCGUGCAAUAGGAGGCAGAGUACCAAGUUCAGACCCUGUUGCAUCACAAGCAGGAUUUGAUGCUCCAAGCUCAAGUACUUUCUCAAAUGCAGAGGCAAAAUCAAUUACACAUCUUGUCAGAAAGAAGCAGAGGAAACCAGAAGAGGAUGCUGCAGUAGCAGAUAUAAAGAAGGCCAAAGUUGAGAAUGGUGAAAGCACAACCAGUGAAGUGACUAGUACAAAUGGUCAAUCAGAAAGUAUGGAAACUGAUAAUAAGACCUCUUCAAAAGGUAAAGAUAUGGAAGAGCUAAAGAAACAGGCUGCAGAAGAGAUGAAGAAGGCAACAGAAGAAAUAACAAAGGAAAAACCACAAGCUACAACCUAAGUUCAUCAAUAUUUAACCCAACCACUGCCACUUUAAUCUUUUUGUAGCUUUUACCAUAAGGUGUAAACUUUUAGUACUAGUGAAUGUGUUUUUAGGAUUUACAUAUUUAUUAAAAAUACUAAAGAA